UUUGCAGCAGAGAUCUGUCUUAAACUUGCAUUAAUGUCAAUGACAAUGGCUAUACAUAUGCAUUUCACUUAUGCCACUCAAACAUGAAACAAAGUAACAAACAACAAAUAGAUUUGUACACAUUUUGUCUAACCUUUUAGGUACCUCCAUCAUUAAUUUUGUAGUGUAUGCAGAAUGUAUAUGGAAUUACAUGUAAGAAUGAUUCACGCAAGAAAAAAAGUUAUUAAGAAUGUCUUUGAGCAUAUGAAGCCCAAAUCUUAAAACAACCCAAGCACACUCUGAUUGUGUUUGGUAUAACUUCUGCUUCUUAUAACUCUUCGGAAAAACAUUUAACAAUUUUUUAAAGAGAGAUUCUAAUCAAAGCCAUUGAAAUGUGUAGUUUCUCAAAAAGCUAUUCAGAAGUUAAAAAAAAUAUACCAAACAGCAACUACGUACCUUAAUCUCCCACUAAAGCGGAACUUCCAAUCUCCCAGCCAUUUGGAUUUUCGGUUUCUAGUUUCCAGGAGUUUCGUAGUUCCGUAGGAUCUUCCUUAAACCUUCCUGAAAAUUAGAGAAAGAGGUUAAAAAGAAAAUGGAGCUUCUUUGGCAUUUUGCUAAUCCACCUUGAACCUACAUACGUAGCUUAGCCAAUUUGCUUCACAUUCUCACGUUGGAAAAUGGUGAACAAGCCUUCCAAGACCGAGAAGAAGAUCGCUUACGAUGCGAAAUUGUGCCGUCUUCUGGAUGAGCACGGCCAGAUACUGGUUGUGGCAGCUGACAAUGUGGGGUCCAACCAGCUUCAGAACAUAAGGAAAGGUCUGCGCGGGGACUCGGUGGUGCUGAUGGGCAAGAACACCAUGAUGAAGCGUUCUAUCAGACUUCAUUCUGAGAACACAGGCAACAAAGCCUUCCUCAAUCUUAUUCCCCUUCUCGUUGGAAAUGUAGGUCUGAUUUUCACAAAGGGCGAUUUGAAGGAAGUUAGUGAAGAGGUUGCCAAGUACAAGGUUGGAGCUCCUGCUCGUGUCGGUUUGAUUGCUCCAAUCGACGUUGUUGUUCCUCCUGGCAACACUGGGCUAGAUCCUUCUCAGACCUCUUUCUUCCAGGUGCUUAACAUACCCACCAAAAUUAACAAGGGUACGGUUGAAAUUAUCACUCCAGUUGAGCUUAUUAGAAAGGGUGAAAAGGUUGGCUCUUCUGAGUCUGCCCUCCUUGCCAAGCUUGGAAUUAGGCCCUUUUCAUAUGGUCUUGUUGUCCUGUCUGUUUACGAUAACGGUUCAGUCUUUAGUCCAGAGGUGCUUUACCUGUCUGAUGACGACCUUGCACACAAGUUUGCUGCUGGUGUCUCCAUGGUUACCUCAUUGUCAUUAGCCAUUUCUUAUCCAGCCAUUGCUGCUGCACCACACAUGUUUGUCAAUGGCUACAAGAAUGUUUUGGCCACUGCUAUUGCCACCGAAUAUUCCUUCCCACAAGCAGACAAGGUUAAGGAGUACCUUAAGGAUCCCAGCAAGUUCGCUGUAACUGCAACAGCAGUUCCUGCUGCCAACUCCGGUGCUGCCCCCGCUGCCACCAAGGAGGAAGAGAAGAAGGAAGAACCAGCAGAAGAAUCAGAUGAGGACAUGGGCUUCAGUUUAUUUGACUAAAAGUUUUAUGUUUUUGAUGGUUCAAACUUUAGGAUGGUUGAUGUUAGCAGUCGCUUGGUAAAAUUUUGUUUCGUUGUGUUGGAGAGUUCUACAUUAACCUUUAACACUUUUCUGAAGUGGGGAUAACUAGGUAUUCUUCCGAAAUUUCUUCGAGGAUCUAUAGAUACUAGCACGGAAUAAAGUUGCUCAGCUAGAUUAAUCUCCGCGGCUUCACUACUCUACACUAAAGCGAUUUAGUUCUACCAGCAGCCUACUAGAGGACAGGCUCACUCUAGGACUUCUUUGUGGAUCUUAAAUAUAUCUUUCUAAUCAUACUUUGAUAAUAAGUUUUAAUAACCAUUGUAGU